AUGAUUCGCCACCGGUCUUACAACGCCACGGCGUGUGGUGAUGGCUUCUUCGGCCCGGCGGUUUGGGCCGAUGGCUGUCGAGGUGGCUUCGACUUUACACUGUCGUUUGAAGAGAGCAUCUUGUCCACGCUCCCCGCUGCUCUGUUUCUCCUAUUAUCCAUUCCACGAGCCUUCUACCUCCUACGAACUCCCGACAAGGCGAAGCGGCGAUCAGCUUAUACACCAAAACUAAUCGCGUCAAGUGCAUAUGCAGGUAUCCAGGUCGGCGCCCUUGCCAUCGUCGCCUCUUCACGACUCAUCAACACCAGAUUUUCCCUCGCCGCCGCCAUUCUCAACCUCAUCGCCGCGUGCUGCAUCGUUCUCCUCUCGCACAUCGAACACGUCAAAUCAAUACGCCCAUCUUUCCUCCUUACCUCGUAUCUCUUCACGUCACUUCUUUUCGACGCUGCUCGGUUACGAACAGAAUGGCUCCUGUCUGUGAAUGUCGCGUAUGCGGCAGUGCUAUCUACUUCAACCGCUCUCAAGCUGGCUUUGCUAGUGCUGGAAAAUGUCGAGAAGAGGAGGAUCUUGGUAGACUCGAGCAAGGAACCGUCAACGGAGAGCACCAGCGGUCCGUUUAACCGCGGCUUCUUCAUCUGGCUCAACUCGCUGCUUAUUUCUGGCUGGGCUACCGUUUUGACAAUGCACGACCUUCCCGCUAUUUACGAGAAACUCUCUUCUGAGAAGCUGGCUGUUAUUUUCACAAAGAGAUGGGAUAAGGUCACCCGCGAUGGACGAAAGGCAUCCCUCUUUCUCAACACUGUCUGGAUCCUCAAGCUCGAAAUCGCUGGCAUUGCUCUUCCUCGAUUGGCUACGGUUGCCUUGACAAUUGCGCAGCCCUUCCUCGUGUCCCAAGCGCUUCGAUUUCUCGCCAUGCCCAAGGACGAUCACUCUGACAACAUCGGCUACGGAUUGAUUGGUGCCUUUGCUCUCGUCUUUGUUGGAUCAGCUAUCUUGACGGCGUGGUACGAACACCUCACCUUUCGAGUUGGCGCCAUGAUUCGAGGAGGCUUGAUUGGCCUGAUUUACCGCAAGAUGUUGAGGCUCUCGGCAAGCGAACUGAGUGAAUCUUCAGCUGUUACGCUUAUGGGCAACGACAUUGAGACUCUAGCCGAGCGAGCAAACGCCUUGCUGAUCGAAGGCUGGGCUAAUACACUUACCGUCGGUAUCGCCGUCUACAUGUUGUACGCACAGCUGGGCGCUGUCUGUGUUGCUCCCAUCGUUAUGGCUAUAGUAUCAAUCGUCUUGUGCUGGUUUAUUGGAAAAGUCUUGGUCAAACGCCAGACAGUUUACCAGAAAGCAACACAGGCCCGCAUCAACUUUACCUCUGAAGUGCUCGGCUCUAUUAAAGCCGUCAAGAUGCUUGGAUAUACUGAGCGUUUCACUGACCUUCUUGAAGACAAACGUGACCAAGAUUUGAACGUUGGCAAACACUACCGACAAAUGAUUGUGUGGGCCAACACCGUCGGAAACGCAAACGUCAGUCUUACCCAGGCUGCUACCUUUGGCGCCUACGCCAUCGUCGCCAAACUCAGUGACAACCAGUCCUUCUCCGCAUCACAGGCCAUCACGGCGCUUUCUAUCCUCAACGUCAUGAUCAACCCCCUCAGCUUCCUCCUCGGCAACAUUUCGUCCGCUUAUGCUGCAUUUGGGUGUUUUAAGCGUAUCCAGGAGUUUCUACUGCUUAACGAAAGAGUUGAUAGCCGUGAGAUUUGCGCACAACCGGGACUUUCAACAAAGAGCGAAGAAGCCGGGUCACAAAGAAGCAGUAUUGAACUUCGCACGCUUGAUCGCGAUAACGAAAAAGCACAAUCGGGAUCCCUCACCAUGAUUGUUGGUCCAAUUGGUUCGGGAAAGUCAAGUUUGCUCAAGGCCAUUCUUGGAGAAACAUCCUCGACCGGCGGAAAAGUCUCGUUAUCGACGCCCAGUAUUGCUUUCUGCGACCAGACUCCUUGGGUGAUGAAUGCGACAAUCCGGGACAAUAUUGUGGCUGAAUCUGGGCACUUUGAGGACAAAUGGUUCGAUACGGUUGUAGAAGCUUGUGACUUGACUCAGGACUUUAGUCGGCUGCCAGAAGGAAUUGCGACAGUUGUUGGAGACAAAGGAGUGAAGCUCAGCGGAGGCCAGAAGCAACGACUUGCAAUUGCCCGUGCCAUAUACGCUCGAAAGCCGGUAGCCAUCUUUGACGACGUCUUUAGUGCUCUGGAUAAGGCAACGGAGCGUAUCGUAUUUGCUCGUGUAUUCAGCAAAGAUGGCCUCCUCCGACGCAGUGGCGCAACAGUGAUUCUUGCCACACACUCUGUUCAUCUUCUGCCCAGUUCCGACCACAUCAUCGCCCUAGGACAAGACGGCCAAGUCAUCGAGCAAGGAACUUUCGCAAAGCUUCAGGAGAGCGGCAAAUACGUUCAGAGCCUCGACGUCACAGAUCCUCAUUCCGACAGCGACAGCGAAACUGCUUCUAAAAAGGACACCGAAGAGAUUGAAAAGAGCAUUGAGAGCAUCGAGGAAGAAGAAGUAGAGCAAGAAAUGGUAGAGCAAGGGUCAGUUUCAAGUGACCGCAGCACUUUCAAGUACUACUUUGGCGCGAUGCGACCCCUUAGUUUGGCUGUUGGUGGUGCAUACGUGGUCGGGCAGGCAUUUUCGUCGACUUUCAGAUCUGUUUGGCUUACAUGGUGGGGUGACGGUCGAGGACGCUCAAGUAACGAUGUCGGAUACUGGUUGAGCAUCUUUACAGUCAUGGCCGUCAUAGAAGCUGUGCUUAUUUCUCUGGCAAUCAUGCAUUUUUUGAUUAUCCUUGGACCAGCAGUCAGCAAAAAAUUCCACAGCAGAAUCUUGAACGCAGUCAUGAAGGCUCCCAUGUCGUUUCUUUCUAAUUCUGAAACUGGUUCACUCAUCAACAGAUUCAGUCAAGACUUGCGUCUGGUAGACAUUGACCUUCCUGUCGCCCUCGCCAUCUUCCUUUUUGAUAUAUCAACUUGUAUCGGUGUAACAGGGCUGGCAGUUGGAGCCGUCGGCUAUUUCGCCGCAUCCCUGCCCUUUGUCAUCAUCGUCCUCCUCAUGAUCCAACGCUUCUACGUCCGAACAUCUAAGCAACUCCGUAUUCUAGAGAUCGAGCACAAGGCACCGCUAUACUCCCACUUCCUCGAAUCCAUCAACGGCCUCGCAACAAUCCGCGCCUUUGGCUGGACUGUCCCCUACUCGCACAAAAACCUGUCCCUUCUCGACAAUGCACAAAAGCCUUCUUAUCUUCUCAACUGUAUCCAGCGAUGGCUCACCCUCGUACUCGAUCUCGUGGUCGCAGUCCUCACCGUUCUGCUUGUUGUCUUCGCCGUCGUCCUGAGGGGAAAGCUUAACCCAUCCCUCCUUGGUGUUGCGCUCGUCAACAUGAUGAGCCUGGGUCUCAAUCUCAAGGGCAUUAUCCUCGCGUGGUCUCAGCUGGAAACAUCGCUCGGAGCUGUUACUCGUAUCAAGACCUUUGAAGAAACUACCCCUUCAGAGCUGUUCCCCGAAGAAAACUACACGCCCCCUGAGGAAUGGCCUGCUCAAGGCUCUCUCGAAUUCGUCAAUCUAUCCGUACAAUACGACUCAACAUCCCACCCCGUCCUCCAAAAUAUCUCCAUCGCCAUCAAGCCCAGUCAAAAGCUCGGCCUCGUUGGCCGCAGCGGCAGCGGCAAAAGCUCCCUCAUCCAAGCCCUCUUCCGCAUGGCCAACACCCCCGCCGGCCAGAUCCUCCUCGACGGCCAGGACAUCGCCAGGGUCCCCAAGCCCCUCAUCCGCCAGAAGCUCAGCUGUCUCACCCAAGAUCCUUUCCUCUUCACAAACACGAUCCGGUUCAACGCCGAUCCCCUUGGCGUUCACUCCGACGAUGCUAUUGUUAGCGCUCUGCAGCGAGCUGCUAUCUGGGAUGUCAUCACUUCUAAAAUCGACGCGGAUAAAAAUCCUCUUGACGAGAAGAUGGACGAGAAUUUCUUCUCUCACGGACAGAGACAGCUGUUUUGUCUUGGAAGAGCACUUCUGAAGAAGAGCAGCAUCCUCAUCCUCGAUGAACCAACGAGCAAUAUCGACAACCAAACCGACGCCCAAAUCCAAGCUGUCAUCAAAUCAGAGUUCAAAGACCGCACAGUCAUCAUGAUUGCGCAUCGUCUCGACUCAUUACUCGAUUUCGACACAAUCGCCGUUCUCGAAGACGGAGCGCUGGCGGAGAUUGGCGCCCCUGAGGAACUGCUCUUGAAGGGCGGUGCUUUCUCGAAGCUUUACGCUUCCGAUAAAACAAACAAGAGGAGGAGUUCAGACGAAAUUUCACGAGAAUAA